GACAUGUAAUGUUUUAGCAAUUCCAGCUCAUCUCACUGCGAUGAUUUCGUCGCUGACUUUAUUGGUGAUACGUUUUCAUGCACUGGUUCACUGAUAAGUAAUUCUUAGCAUUUGUUAUAUUUCACAAUCUUUUAACUCGUGUUUUUAAACUCUUGCAGUCACAAAGGAUUCAAGUUGCGAUAGACAAUGGAGCGUAUUCAUUUUUAAAGGAGAAGAUUGUGCAAAAUGAUAAAAGCAAGUGCUUCAGAUAGCUCAACUGCAAGAACGCAAGUCCUUACAAAUCGGCUCCAAAUGACUGAAUACUUAUAAUUCGAGCAAUAAAAAUAACAACACCACGGUCUAAAUUCCAUAAAUAAAUAUAUUUUUAAAAAGUAAUUUUAAGUAAAAGCACAAAUUUAAAUACCAUGCAUUUUCAUGUUUUAUGUUAUUGGAGCAAAUGCCCUCAAGUUUGAGAGCAUUUGAAUGCUGUGCGUCAGGAGGAGUUGUAGAUUGUAUUUUAUAGAAUAUUUCUAAACUACUUGGUCGAGUGGGUAAUGAGUAGUAAAGGGUACUGAAACAUAUAACACAAUGCCAAAAAAAAAGAUCUAAAAAAAAUUCCUAUUUGAAAAUAUAGGUACACUACAGUUGGUCAAAUCAGUCACCUGAGGAAAAUUACUUCCAUCAUGUAGCCCAUGUUAUUGAAUUUUCGUUGGAGGACUGCCUUGCCUAUACAAAAAAGAAAAAGGGGUUUCAUCGAUCCGCAGCGUUCUCACUCUCGUCCCACGGCUGGGCGAGAGGCUGACUGGACGCGUGGAAACCCUUAGCUGAUGAUAGGAUCCGUCAUAGCCCUAACAUGAAUGUGCCAUUUUUUGUUUUAAAAGCCGCUCUUUUGGCUGCGAUCAGCACUCGCUGUUAUGCCAGCAGCGUCCCUUCAUUCAUCCUGCCGUUCACCGACUGUGCCGGGAGUCGUGGGAAAGACGGCUUCUACCGGGGAGCGAUAGACGUCACUGAGUCCGGCACCCAGUGUAUGAACUGGACCGAAGUCUCCGGCUUCGACGAACGGUACCCGGGCAAAGGCAUAGGCGAGCACAACCACUGUCGCAACCCGGACGGCCGAAUCCGACCCUGGUGCUUUUUUAGGAACCACAGAGGCAGAGUAGACUGGGGGUACUGCGACUGUAAACAAGGCUCUGUCCGUCUGCAAGGUGGCCGCUCCAAGCUAGAUGGCAGGGUGGAAGUGUACCUUGGGGGAACGUGGGGGUCCAUUUGUAGCAACGACUGGGGAGACGAAGAUGCUACAGUGGUCUGCAGACAGCUGGGCAAGGGAUUUUCAGGUCGCGCUCGAGCAGUUCCUCUGUUUCGUCCAGGCACAGCCAAGCUCCACUGGACGGCAGUCCAUUGCCAAGGCAAAGAGCCAGACCUGCUCCAGUGUCCCAAGGCAACCUGGAAUGGCGAGGAAUGUUCUCUGGUUGCAGCUGUUACCUGCAACCAGCAGCCAGCAGGUGUGUCCCUUCCCAUAAGGCUGGUGGGAGGCCGGUCAAAGUCAGAGGGCAGGGUUGAGGUCCUCCAUGCCGGGGAGUGGGGUUCCAUCUGCGAUGACCAAUGGGAUGACAGUGACGCAGAGGUGGUGUGUCGACAGCUGGGGCUGAGUGGCGUUGCAAGGGCAUGGGGCCAGGCACAUUUUGGCAAGGGUUCAGGCCGCUUGUGGUUGGACGAGGUGCGUUGCACAGGCAAUGAGCUCACUCUGGAGCAAUGUCCAAAAAGUGCAUGGGGAGAACACAACUGUCUGCACUCUGAAGAUGCAGGGGUCUCCUGCAAUCCUCUUACAGAUGGUACUAUUAGGUUGGUUGGGGGUGCCGGCAGCCACGAGGGACGUCUAGAAAUCUUCUACCGUGGUCAGUGGGGAACGGUGUGUGACGACGGCUGGACAAACUCAAACACGCAAGUGGUGUGCCGACAGCUUGGCUACAGGUUCGGAGAGACUCUCUCUCCUGGAGUGCCAGAUACUCCAGUUCCACACUUUGGGGUGGGCUUAGGUCCUAUUCUGUUGGAUGAUGUGAGCUGCACGGGGAAAGAACCUAGUUUAUUGCUGUGCAACAGGAGGGAGUGGCUGCACCACGACUGUACACACCAGGAAGAUGUUAACAUUGCAUGCAGCCCUGAGCACAAUGGAGAGGGUCUUCCAAUCAGUGUACCAGUGAGACUAGUAGGAGGAGAGAGCCCUAGAGAAGGGCGUGUCGAGCUCUAUCUGUCCGGUCAGUGGGGGACUGUCUGUGAUGAUGGAUGGACUGAUCAUGAUGCUGAGGUGGUCUGCAGGCAGUUGGGAUACAGUGGCGUGGCAAAGGCCCGCGUGAUGGCAUACUUCGGUGAAGGGACGGGGCCCAUCCACGUGGACAAUGUGAAGUGCACUGGUGAAGAGCUUUCUUUAGCUGAUUGUAUCAAAGAGGUUCCAGGAACGCACAACUGCCGCCACAGCGAGGACGCUGGGGUCAUAUGCGACUACGGAGCUCCGCAGCCCAGCUACAAAGUGGUGAAAGAUCCUGUGGACUCAAUUUGCGGUCUGCGGCUCAUACACACUCGCCAGAGGAGAAUCAUAGGAGGAGAAAACUCUCUGAGGGGUGGCUGGCCAUGGCAGGCUGCUAUCCGUUUGCGAGGAUCUCGAGUAGAUGGGAGGUUGGUUUGUGGAGCAACUCUCAUUGACACCUGUUGGGUCCUCACUUCGGCACACUGCUUCAAAAGGUAUGGAAACAGCACCAAGCAGUAUAAAGUUAGAGUGGGAGAUUACCACUCCCUCGUCCCUGAGGAAUAUGAAGAGGAGUAUGGUGUCGAUCAAAUUGUGCUCCAUCCAAGCUACCACACCCAUAGCAAUGAUUACGACCUGGCCCUGGUUCAUCUGUCACAGGGGGCAGUGGACAAGAUGCCGGGAGAGUGUGUGUCAUUCAGCCGUCAUGUCCUUCCCGCCUGCCUGCCCAUGAGGAAAGAGCGAGUGCUCAAACAAGCCAGCAACUGUCACAUUACCGGCUGGGGCGACACAGGCCGUUCAUACUCCAAGACCUUGCAGCAGGCUCCUCUGUCUCUGUUUCCACGCCGCCAUUGCCAGGAGCAUUUUCACACAGCCUUCACAAGCCGCAUGCUCUGUGCCGGCAGCAUCAACUCAGAAAGGCGUGUGGACAGUUGCCGUGGAGACAGUGGAGGUCCAUUGGUGUGUGAGCGCCCAGGAGGGGGUUGGGUUGUUUACGGGGUCACAUCCUGGGGUCAGGCCUGCAGGACACAGCAGUCCCCUGGUGUCUACACCAAAGUCUCCGCAUUUAGCUCCUGGAUACGCAAAGUAAUUGGACGCGAUGAAAAAAAGAAGUAAUAAACUGAAAACAACGGUCUAAAUCAAGAGGAUUCAUUUUCAGCCAGCUACUUGCAUAAAAGGAUAUUUCAGUUAUGAAUACUUAAUGUCAUUCUUAAUAAUCCUGUGAGGUAUAUCACAAUCUGACCUUUAGUGACAUAAAGACAAUGUUGGACUUUAUUGUAUUUUGUUUUUUGUCAAGGGAAAUUAUUCUUUAGCACUUAUUUUACUAAUUUAACAUUUUUAUGAGGUUUUCAUUUCAAAUGGUAUAUUCUGUAAGCUAAGCAUCUCUUUGUUUAUGUAGCAUCACAUGCAGCCCUUGAUUAUUGUUUUUUAAACUGUUUUCUGUGCUCGCUUUCGUUAUGAAGUUAUACCUUGUAACUUAUGUCAUGAAAUAUGCUAUUAAAACAUUGAAAAGGGACCACUGUGUUAGAACAAGCAUACUGUAAAUGUGCAUGUACUCAUGCUGAAACAGUAUGUGAUAGCACAAUAUUGCAUACUUGCACUACGAAAUCCUUUUUGGUACUUAAUGCAUGACAUCUAGUGCUUCUGUGUUAAGUAUUUUAGUCAUAUUGUCAAAGUGAAAUAUGAUUUUUAACCUCAUUUCAUUCUUGUUUGUGUAACGUUUUUGUGUGAUUUCAGGUCUUGGUAAUUCUCAGGCUUUUGCAAUUGCUAUCCAGUCAGUAUUUGUCCUUGACUUAGCACUAUGUGAUGUAUGCAGAAAAAGGAAGGGGCGUAAGUCCUUCUGAUUUAAAGCACAAGCAUUUUUGAAGUGUUGAUCUAUCACAGUGACUCAAAGGUCUUGGUCAGAUAAUUGAGGGUUGUCAUGCUUCUAACAACAGUGAAAGGAGACAAUCUGUUACACUUGAAAAAAGAAAAAAACACCCACUGCCUCCUUAUUGUUAAAUGAUAAAUGACCAUGUUUUUUGUCUCAACAUUUCUGGGUAAGCACAAAUUUUGAUAAAAAUUUAUAUUAAAAAAAAAUCUGAGUUUGUGUUUUUAAUUUAGAUGCCAACAUAUGUGCAGUGUUCAUAUUUUAUUUUUGAAGUAAAAAAAAACCCCAACGCAUUCACUUGUACAUUUUAUACGACAUGUCCUGUCUUUCCACCACAUCUAAUAGGUCACAGCUGCUGGAACAACAGAGCUCCUUCAGGGUUGUUUUGUUUUUACUGCAAAGUGUCAAAGCAAGCAUCCCCUUGUCAGAUGAUGUGUAUGCACACCCAAUGGAAAACAAUGCCACUGGUAUGUCGCAAAGUGUUUGCGGGAACUGUAGCCGGUACUCCUGAUUUAUGAGAAAAGGUGUACAAGUUGCUGUGAAUGCAAAACCAGCAUUUCAUGUUUCUUUAUGUUCUACAAAAUGUAUUAAAAGGUUACUUGAGGUUACUCAAGUACUCAUCAUACUUUUUCAGCAUGAGUAAAUGCAACUUUGCUUUCACAUGAGACAGCAUACACUAUCAAACUGUAGUGGUGGGGUUUUGGUUUUUAUAUCUAAUCCUGCUUUCUCAUGUAUCCAGAAGUAUACGCCUCCCUCACGAAUUAGUAUCUCGACAGAUUCCUACUUUCAACAUACAACAAGAACACUCGUAUUUUAAAAUAAAAAAAAAAAUUGGCAAAGUUUUGGCAAAUUUUUAAGAUCUACAAACAAAGAAUACUACACUCCUGUAAGUUCAUGCUCACUUCUGUGCCUAAAGGCACAUUGCAAGAAAUGGUAAAAUAUACUUAAUUUAUCCCAAAAGAUUGGGAUUAAACGUUAACAUUAUUUUAAAUUUGCUGUCACCUGUUGAUCAGCAG